UCUUACCGAAGGAGGGUCGGAUCAACCUGCGGUUAUCGCUUUCUUGUACAAUGGCGGGUCCCUUGUUGGAGUUUGAGACGGAGAUGUUUCUCGGUCUUUUCGGUACUGACGGGCUGCUGGUGACGGCAGAAGGAAUGGGCAUUGACCGCAUGCUGCUCCAAUUCUUGCGGGUGUACUCCGAGGAAGGAAGUCUUGUGCUCUUGUUAAAUACAACCACGCCUGAACAGGAGUACUUUACUGAACAGCUGCGGGCAGAGGGAGUGAGUCACCUUCCCCAGACUGUGACUAGUGACGUGCAGAGCAGCGAGCGCUACCGCGUGUACACACAGGGAGGAGUUCUCUUCGUCACCAGCCGCAUCCUGGUGGUGGACUUUCUCACAGACAGAAUCCCAGCACAUCUCAUCUCAGGAAUCUUGGUAUAUCGGGCCCACAAGAUCAUUGAGUCCUGUCAAGAAGCUUUCAUCCUAAGGCUUUUCCGCCAGAAGAACAAGACUGGUUUUAUCAAGGCCUUCACAGACAAGGCCACAUCCUUCUCCUCGGGAUUCUGCCAGGUGGAGCGGGUUAUGAGAAACCUCUUUGUCAAGAAACUCUUCCUCUGGCCCAGAUUCCAUGCUGCUGUGAACUCUGUGCUGGACAGACAUAAGCCUGAUGUGGUGGAGCUGCACGUGUCCCUCACCCCAGCCAUGAGAGCCAUCCAGAGCUCUGUGCUGGACAUCAUGAACGCUUGCCUGAAAGAGCUCAAACGCUACAACCCCACCCUGGAGGCUGAGGACCUCUCCCUGGAGAACACUCUGGGCAGUGCCUUUGAUAAGACGAUCCGGCACUACCUCGAUCCUCUGUGGCAUCAGUUGGGGGCCAGGACCAAGUCCUUGGUCCAGGACUUGAAAAUACUGCGCACUUUGCUGCUCUACCUGACUCAGUAUGAUUGCGUCACCUUUCUGAACCUUCUAGAAUCCCUGCGGUCCAGCCAGAAAGCUUUCGGAAGUAACUCAGGGUGGUUGUUCUUGGACUCCAGUACAUCAAUGUUUAUCAAUGCACGUACACGUGUCUACAGAGUGCCUGAGGCAAAGAAGAAGCUUAAGGUUGGCAGUGAUCCAGAACAGAAACCAAACAGCUCAGCUGAAGUGAAAAGGGAGCUGGUGCUUGAGACGAACCCUAAGUGGGAGGCGCUCUCAGAGGUUAUGCAAGAGAUCGAGAGAGAGAACAGCCAAUCGGAAAACAACCCAGGCCGGGUGCUGAUCUGUGCCAGCGAUGACCGCACCUGUGCCCAGCUUAAAGAAUACAUCACCAAAGGGGCGGAGUCUUUGCUCGCCCGUCUUUAUACACGCACCAUUGGCAAGAACGAGGCCCCGUUUGACCUCGGCUUUGAGGAGAGGGGCAAAGCGAAGGGCAGGAAAGACCAGGGGAAGGGGCCCAAUGGGAAGGGGCCCAAUGGCAAGAAGCCCAGAGCCAAACAAGCAAAGGGCUGCAGGAAGAACCUGAAGCCAGUGCUGACCCUGACCCAGAUGGUGGAAAAGGAUGAGGGGGCAGAGGGAGAGCGCAUGGGCAGCAGUGCAGAUGAAGGAGAAGAAGAGGAGGAGACUAUCGAGGAAGAGGAGCUUCUCUUAGAUCUGCCCUCCGAUGCUUACUAUGGCAUCCUGAAGGAGCCACUGACCGUAAUCCACCCGCUGCAGGGUUGCACUGACCCCUACAGUCUGACCCGUGUACUGCAUGAGGUUGAGCCCAGCUAUGUGGUGCUGUAUGACGCUGAGCUCUCCUUUGUAAGGCAGUUGGAGAUCUUCAAAGCUAGUCGGCCAGGAAAACAGCUGAGGGUGUAUUUCCUCAUCUAUGGUGGCUCCACUGAGGAGCAGCGGUAUCUGACAACCCUGCGGAAGGAGAAGGAAGCCUUUGAACAUCUGAUCAGGGAGAAGGCCAGUAUGGUGGUACCUGAAGAGAGAGAGGGACGGCAAGACACCAAUCUGGACCUGGUGCGCAACCAAGAUCUUGCAAAUGCCACCACCAAUACACGCAAAGCAGGAGGUCAGGAGGAAGCAGCUGUGCCCUCUCGGGUCAUCGUGGACAUGCGGGAGUUUCGCAGCGAGCUUCCGUCCCUGCUGCACCGGCGGGGGCUGGACAUCGAGCCUGUGACGCUGGAGGUGGGGGACUACAUCCUGACCUCGGACAUGUGCGUGGAGCGCAAAAGCGUGAGCGACCUCAUCGGCUCCCUGCAGAGCGGCCGGCUGUACACCCAGUGCCUGUCCAUGACCCGCUUCUACCGCCGGCCCGUGCUCCUCAUCGAGUUCGACCCGGCCAAGCCCUUCUCGCUGGUGGCCCGGUCCGACAUGCGGCAGGAGUUCUCCUCCAGCGACAUCAGCUCCAAGCUCACCCUGCUCACCCUGCACUUCCCCCGGCUGCGGCUGCUCUGGUGCCCCUCACCCCACGCCACGGCCGAGCUCUUCCAGGAGCUGAAGCGCGGCCGCCCCGAGCCGGACGCCGCCGCCGCCCAGGCCGUGACAGCCGAGUCGGACACAGUGAGCGAGUCUGCCGACCUCUACAACCCCGGUCCUUACGACUUCCUGCUCCGCAUGCCGGGGGUCAAUGCCAAGAACUACCGGGCUCUCAUUAGCAAUGCAGCAAACCUGGCAGAACUGGCCACACUGAGCCAGGACCGACUGGCUGAGAUCCUGGGCAAUGCUACAAAUGCUAGGCAGCUGUACCAGUUCCUCCAUGGCUCCAUGGAUGUCCCACUUGCUCAAAAGGGCAAGACGACAGAGUCCAGAGGGAGGAGGUGAUCAGGAAGAUCUCUGACCUCACUCAGCUCCCACACACAGGUGUGGACAUAGGUGUGGCUCAGUGUGCUGGACAAACUCAAUUUUAUGUUUAUUGCAAGCCAUUUUUCUAAAAUUGAUAUCAAAUUUUUGAAACCUAAAUUAUGCGUAAAAUGAAAAUAAUUUAAAAAGUGUUUUUUCUUAGUUCUUCGCCAUGUACAUGUCCUUUAUAUGCUGUGUGUGUGCGCGCGCGCGCGUGCGUGCGUGCAUGUGCGAGAGAGAGCGAUCGAGUGAGAGAGAGAGAGACUGGGUAUGAGUGCGUUUUUUUUCCUCUCCAGUGAUGAGAUACAGGUUUAUAAAUUCUUCUUGUAAAGCACUGUACAUACUACAUUAUAUGUUUUUGUGAAAUGUGGCAGCUUACAACAGGAUAGAUGAUAUGAAUCACAUCUUCAUUCCUUAUGCAGUUCAAUCGCGCUAUUUUAAUGGUGUAGUUACUUUUGUUAGCUUUAGAUGGCGAUAUCAUGUAAAGAACUGAUUUGUAAGGAAGACUUUCCGAAUCUCCGUGGACUGUUUUACGUACUUCAGAAUCGCAAUUUGCAAUGUGCUCAUUUUUUGGGUAGUACACCACGUCCUAUGGAUUAUGGAACAGCUGUCGUCCUACAUCCUGCAGAGUCUGUCUGCUGGAAUUUUGUACAGCACAAGAAUGAUUGAGAAUACUAUUAUUAUGGGUCAGAGAGAUUUCAAACACGCAUUUAAACCAAUCUCGAGUGUGGGAACGUUCAGCUUUUCAACGCUAAUAAUGUUCAUUUUUUCCCUUUCGCAGACGAUUGAUAAGGCUUAUCAUUAUUCUACUUCUGUUAUUGUUGAACUGACUAGAAGACGCCGUAAUUCAUUAGAUAUGCGAAGCUGACCGAACCCUCCCCACGCACGGGAAGUAUGAUGAAAACACGGUUCGAUGCUGCUGAUAGUCUUGAACGCCCCCGCAAGCAAAAGCGCACAACCGCACUGCGGUUUUUGUACCGAGCUCACGGAACCUCGAUCUUGUCUAGAAUAAUAUGACACAACCGAACAUUUUUUAAAUCCGACCGUUUGGCUGGCAUAAAUACAUUAAAUAGUGCGUUAUAGUUCGGUCACAUCUUUGAGUGGCCUUCAGUUUGAUCCUCAAUGGUCAGAUUUCUACCCUGAGCGUAUAGGUACUUCAAUAUUCGCAGAAAUUUGUAAAUUAUUCUGUAUGGAAACUAAUUUAUAUAGGAGCACAUAAGAAAAUCAUUUGUCUUUGAAACAUUUAAGCGCAGAAUCCAUUUUAGUCCUAAACGUUUUAAGUGUAACGUGCAAUGUAUCUGCCUUUUUACUCUUGUUUAAGUGGCAAACAUUUUCAGAUAAUUUGUAUCGAUUGGCCUAUUGCACUGCUAACAGAGGUGCCAUGAUUUGCUAGUACGUCAAUUCUCGACUAAGUUUGGGUAUCCCAUGCGCAUUUGUGUGACAUCCUAAAGGUUGAGAAGUGAGAGCUGCAUUUUUAAAGGCAGGGCAACAGCUGUGGGUUGCACAGUGCGGAAUGAUCCAAAGGGAAAGGUUAACAACUUUCCACAGUAGUAAGUUUUUAUGUUCGCUUGUCAGGUGGCUGGAGGACUUGAAUGAGUUAAGCCAAAUAAUAUCACGAUUACGUCAUUGAGUUCAGCCGAACAGAUCGGCAGCGGCCAUCUUAUUCCAAGACCGACAACUUCAAUUCCAGCGGAGAAGAAAUAUAAGCAUUUACGUUAACGUGGUGUAUCAGUUUGUUUAGGGGUUAAACAGCCACCAACCAAGGACAGCAAAUAAAUCUGGUUGAUCACCAUGGCCUGGUGUCUGGCAACACACAGCAGUCUCCCUUAAGGUGCUGUUCACCCCUCACAGAGCUGUUGCAGUGCCAUCUACUGGUGUGAAAGUUGAACCAUGCUGAUGACUGUUCCAAUGCAGUAUACAUCUUAUCUGCUGCAUCUAUCUGUCUUUGGCCACGGUGGGUACUGUAUAUUCUUACAGCCAAAUUUCACCCAAAAGAAUACAUUUUCACUUUGCUUAUUUAUGUGUAAUGCUUUGCAACAUAGUGCUCCUCAGAGUUAGAGGAGUUACCCCUGAUGCCAUAGUUAUGACAAACUGUUUGAUAUGAAAAGUACCCGUACAUUAGCAUUUCUUUUUCAGUGACGUUUCACAGUCUUUGCUUUUAAAACUCAGUUAUAUACUGUAUAUAUGUGUGGGUAAUUCUGAUUCGUCAGUCAAGCAAGUCAGUGUGUAAAUAUUAUGUUCCUGUUUCUGUGCUGAAAUUUAUCUUGCAAGAAGGUGUAUGUGGGCAUUUUUGAAUUUCACAGGCCUCAUGUUCCCAUAGUUUAUUGCUCUGCUAUGCUAAGUGUUUGAUGGGAAUUGUAUUCCAAACCAUUCUGAGCAUGAAGGAAUUGUAAAAAUGUUUGAAUUAAAACUUAUGAAAAUCAGUCAAACUAAAUGAGGCAUACAUUAUAUAGCCUAGCUGCCAAAAUUAUCAUUUGAAAAAACCAAUUUCACAAAAUGCAUGUGUUAUCUUAAACUUUGUUGUCAUGUGACUUCCCAAUUGUGACUUCCACUGAAGUUUUUACAGGGUUUUUCUCUACCUUUCACACUGUCCAAUCUACUCUGCAUUGUGGAUGGCCCUAGAGGAGACUAACUGAACAGGUGCAGAUGCAGGCUUGUGAAAAUGAGAUUCUAAUCUCUUCUUACAUUCCUUAAUUCCAGCGUGUGAUGGCAGCAAUGGGGUUUCUUUGGAUGACCUGCAUUUUUAGCAGUCACAUUCAUAAAUGAUUAACUUUCACAUUUUCAUAAUCCAUUGAGUCUGGGUUUCUGUUGAUGUUUUUAUUCAUUGAAAUCAGUGCUAUCACCUUUCCUUUCUGAACCUGACUUCCUACCAGUAAUCUGUGAUCUGUUUUUGCCUGUUAGUAUUUUUGCAUUUAGUAUUAUCCCUUACCUAGAUAGAUUUAUACAUGUAUGUUGUAAGGAACCACCCUGGAUAAGAUGCAUGCUCCAGUCCUAGUGAUUUGGGUUGGUCUGAGCAUUAAUAUUUGGUGAAAUGCAUAGCCUAUGAUUUGUUGAGCCGAGCCCCAAUGCAGUCUAAUGUUUUGUUGCAGUGCUAUGCUGCUGAACUUGAGUCAAGGCCCAGUGGUGGUUAUUUUCUAGUUAUGCAAAAAGUGAAUGUUUUCACUGCAGAAAGUCUGAAAAUAGCUGAAAGUCCUGUGUGGAAAUUCAGUGGUUAUUCAUGUUCUGGGACUGUAGCGUUUAGUAUGCUGUAUGUAAUGCAGACUUACGUUGAUAAACAAGCAAAAUGAUGCACAACAUCUGGAUCUCAAUGUUGGGCCAACGUUGAGGGGAUGUGUGGAUGGGAGCAAUAAUUCUUACUCCGAGUUCAUUGUGAUUUAUAAUAAUUGGUUAUUUAUUGUGAGGAAAGUUGAGCUCCUAAUGAACUCCAUAUAACUUGGCACUGUCCUUGACAACAGUUGGAUUUCAGGAAAAUAGAGGCUACUGCCAAGAUUGGUCAAUACUGUAGCUGCACUUCAAAAGAAAUCUAAUUUGGUUUAAGAAAUAAUACUUCCACUUUUUUAAAAACAUCAGCUGAUGACAUUUCUUUCGUUUGAAUACUGUACUACCAUAUUUUCAGCUGAAAUGCUUUUGCACUUGUUGAAUGGUCAUACAUGUACUGCAAGUAGGCCUACAUUUGGUAUCAUUUUACUUGCAGCUGUUGGUAGCAGCAGGCUUAUUGAAGCAAUGAAUAUGC